AUGCGAUGGAAUUUGCUCUACGCCGGUGGGUUGUUCCUUGCGAAGAUGGCCCUUGGCAUUGACUAUGGAACCUUUGAUGAACCUGCCAUCAACGCACGUAUGAAGUUCCGGUAUUGGUUACCCGACGCCAGUGUUGAUGUUAUCACCGUGCAGCAUGAUAUCAAAGCUGCUGGUGCGUUGGGGGCAGGCACAGUGGAAUUCUUGCCGCUCUACAAUUACGGCGCGUCACUAGCAGGACCACCAAAAGGGGCUGAUUGGGCAACAUAUGGGUUUGGAACCCCGGCCUUUAAUGAUGUGUUCAAAGCUUCUCUCAGGGCUGCCAAAGAUGCAGGAAUACGAAUGGACUUUGCACUUGGCCCAAGCGCAGGACAAGGGGUGCCGUCAACGGUCACUGACGCAGGAUUGCAUUGGGAUCUGGUAAGUGAUAUCUCAGCCGGGAUGAUGAUCAGAUGCUUAUCUUCGGUACAGACACCUUUCAAUAUCAGCAUUCCCUCCAACGGCAGCUAUAUCGGACAGGUUCCUGGAUGGGGGGUUGGGGAGCUGGUGGCCUUAGUAUCUGCCAGAUCCACUUCUUCCUCUAGGAUCACAAACCCAGCAAGUAGCUUGUUUUCCACGCCCGCUAACCAAGCGACUCGUAUGAUUCUUGACAGCGAGUCUCUUGUCGAUCAUACGAAUGAAGUCAACCUCGACGGAACAGUGUCCUUGUUACUGGCUAACGGGUCAAACCAUGAUAGUCAACAUCUUUUUGCCUACUACGAAUAUCAGGACCUGGUUAAAAACCUAGACAUUGAGAGCAAUGUCACAGGGACUAUCUUCGAUAAUGGAUCCUACACUGUUGACCAUUAUAGCCCCCGAGGUGCUGAGACUGUCAAGCAUUUCUGGGAAACUCAUAUUCUCAAUGAUACAGAAAUUAGAUCUCUCUUGGAAGACGUUGGAACUUAUGGCUGGGAAGACAGCCUUGAAAUCAAAUCGAAUAUUUCCUGGUCCCCUUCGCUUCCUGAGCGAUUCGAGAAAAUGCAUGGCUAUCGGCUCCAUAAAUAUCUACCUCUGCUCCAGUACGGGAACAACAAUCCUGGCGUGCAGCCAUCUUAUCCCGGGAAGCUGAAGUGUGUUGCCGAUGAUGAUAAUAGAGGAGAAGGAUUUUUGAAUGAUUUCCGUGCCACCUUGGCUGCAGGCUACGGUGAAUAUCUGGAUACCUUAACAUCUUGGUUGCAAGGCCUCGGAUUAGGUCACUCCGCUCAGGUUUCUUACAACCUGCCGAUAGAUAUGGAAACCAACAUUGAUCGAGUCGAUGCCCCCGAAUGCGAAAGCCUUGCCUUCAACGAUAAUAUUGACGGAUAUCGACAAUUUUCAGGAGCCGCAAACGUCGCGCAAAAAUCUGUGAUUUCGAAUGAGAUGGGGGCUAAUCUGGAAAAAGCGCUUGCUCUUCCACUGUCGGAGCUGCUGGGUCAGAUCAAUAUCGCAUUCGCUGGCGGCGUCAAUCAAAUUGUGCUACACGGGCAGACAUUCACAGGUGACUACUUUGAGACAACCUGGCCUGGGUAUCUCGGGUUUUUCCUGCUCUUUUCCGAAUCAUACAUGGAUAAACAACCUGCCUGGCGGUUGGGAAUGCCAGACAUGAUUGGCUAUAUCAACCGAAAUCAGUACAUUCUUCACAAGGGCCAACCUCGAACGGACGUGGCCUUGUUUAACAAGGUGUCCUACACCGAUCCUCAACUAAACACCCUGUAUACUGAUGAUGAUUUGAUCAACGACGGCUAUACCUAUACCUACUUGAAUCCAACGAACCUGAACCUCUCCCAGGCAUACGUGUCCGAUGGCAUUCUCGCCCCAGAAGCACCCGCAUACCAAGCUUUGGUUGUUACCGCCCAUCAGAAUAUGACCCUGGAGGCAGUUUCAAAGAUUCAAGAAUUUGCGAACGCUGGUCUUCCCGUGGUGCUUAGUGGCGGACUUCCAGGAUAUUAUCCAACCGGAAAUGCAUCAGAUCGAGAUGCCGUGAAUACUGCUUUGCGGACCCUGAAGAACUCUGACAAUGUUCACACAACUGGCAACAGGUCAACCGCCUCUGCACUCAAAUCUCUCGGCAUUCGUCCCCGGGUUGAGAUAAUCACACCUGAUAACGCCACAUGGUACCCAGUCAUGCGCACUGAAAACGCUACAGACUAUGUCUUUGUCUUCAACAAGGAAGCCACAGGCGGAGGAUACCUCAGAGUCAGCUCUACUAAGACACCAUAUGCCCUUAACAGCUGGACAGGAGAGCGAAUCGCACUUCUAAACUACCGAGUGCAUGAUGGAACUACAACCAUCCCUCUUACGCUCGCCACGAAUCAAACCACCGUCUUCGCAUUUAGUGAUGACUGGACAUCGGAAGUUCCUACGCCAGCAUCGCACGCAAUUCAUGUCCCUUCAAAUGUGCUAGGAUACAACUUCACCACCAAGGAUCUGGUCGUUCAUGUGGCUACUGGUGUACAUCAAGAUAGUCGAAACUUGAAGCUAUCCAAUGGCAAGGAACACAACAUUUCGGCCAACAGGGCUGUUUCCUCCUUCGACCUGCAGAACUGGACCCUGGUAGCUGAGCACUGGGAAGCCCCGCAGAACAUGUCAGAUGUCACAGUGAUAGCUGACAAGCAUAAUACGACACACCACUUGACUUCCCUAGUAUCUUGGCUGGAUAUUCCCGGCCUCCACAAUGCAUCAGGUGUGGGAUACUACUUUCACGAGUUCACUUGGCCGCCGAUCUCCUCAAAUAGCGCCGGAUCCAUUGACGGGGCGUAUUUGUCUCUUCCACAAAUAUCCCACGGCUUGAAACUUUUCGUGAAUGGCCGGGUAGUGCAAACAUUGGACUUUGCGGAUCCUUUGGUUGAUAUCAGUUCGUUCUUGCAGAAGGGGUCCAAUCAAAUUACAGCUGUUGUUCCGACCCUAAUGUGGAAUUACAUUCGAAGUAUCUAUGACAAACUCGAAAUCUCGGGAUCAAAGCCAUUGUUGACGUCUUUGCCUGGGAACGUAGAUACUGGGCUGAUCGGUCUCACAACGGUCAUUCCCUACACUUCACAUCGUAUCCCAAUGUGA